UAUAGAUAAUUUCAUUAUAAAAGAUAGCCACUAAAGUGAUAUGUUCACACUGUUAUAUAUGUCGAGUGUUUGUAUUUGAUGUACAGAAGUGAAGAAUUGUUCAAAAUCAAAAUGCGUUUCAUACUUGUUUGCGUGACAGUUAUCGCUGCCGUUACAGCUGAACCAAGAAACCCACAGCGUAUUGUAGGUGGGUCCGUAACAAAUAUUAAUAGUUACCCUGAUAUCGCGUCUCUGUUGUAUUCAUGGAAUGGUGUCACAUUCAGUCAAUCCUGUGGAGGGUCCAUCCUAAACCACAGAUCCGUCCUAUCUGCCGCUCACUGCUUCUACGGUGAUCCGGCUAAUAGAUGGCGCAUUCGUGUUGGUUCCACCUACGCCAACAGCGGUGGCGUUGUUUAUAAUAUAGCUUCCAUCAUAAACCACCCCCUAUACAACGUUGUGACCUCAGAUAAUGAUGUUUCCAUCUUGCGUACUGCUACAAACAUUGUCUUCAGCAACGUAGUUCAAGCUGCCAGUAUAGCCAGUGCCAAUUAUAAUCUUGCUGAUAAUCAAAUCGUUUAUGCUGCUGGAUGGGGUACCACAUCUUACGGCGGGCCAAGUUCGGAACAGCUGCGUCACGUGCAAAUCUGGACUAUCAAUCAAGCAACGUGCAGAAACCGUUACGCUGAGCUCGGACUUACUGUGACCGACAACAUGUUGUGCUCCGGUUGGUUGGACGUCGGCGGUCGCGACCAGUGCCAGGGCGACUCUGGCGGUCCCCUCUACCACAACAGAGUCGUCGUCGGCGUGUGCUCCUGGGGUGCGCAAUGCGCUCUCGCCCGCUACCCUGGUGUCAACGCUCGUGUGUCCCGGUUUACUGCAUGGAUCCAAGGAAAUGCAUAAAUGUAUUCAAAAAUCUGCCUAGUCAAUCGUUUUAUUUUAAAAUUAUUCUCUGUAAGAAUUGUUCAAUAUACAAUUUUAUUUAUUUAUUUUCAUAUUUGUUUCAUUAAAGUAUUAAACGAUUCAAUUAUUAAAUAUGA